UGUAUCACUGACUCCUCUCUUUAAACACUACAGCUUUAGGAGUUAUCUCCAGUUAUUUUAUUAUUAUUAUUAUUAUUAUUAGUUCUCUGGCCAUGACGCCUCUCUCUCUGCUGGUUCUCGGGAGCUGUUUGGCGGGAGUCUCGAGCCGGCCGCUCCUCUCUCGCGCUGAGGCGGCGGGUCAGUGCGGGGAGCUCACCGCGCCGUGGACCCGCAGCACCGCCGCCUCGGUGUCCGGGGACCGGAGCCGCGUGUACCGCCUGAGGGUGUUCGGCGUGUCCCCGGACGGAGCGAGCCGCCUGGUGUUCCCGGAGCAGCCGCUCUUCAGCUUCGUCAGGCGGGUGUACAGGUGCUGUCAGAUUGGCCACCACUGCGGGGCGGUUAAAGGGCUACAGGGCCGCGACACUGCGGGUCCAGUGAUUGAGUUUGUGCCGAGCGAGGACGUGUGGUCGGCGCCAAUACUGAGAGCCGAGGUUCAUCUUCACAUCUCCAACCCAGACCGGCUAAACGUCCAGCCGGUGCUGCCGUGGCUGGAGAAACGGCUCCUUCCUACAAAGUACAGUGCGUGGUGGAAGGACGGCGUGCUAGAGGUCAGGGUAGAUCUGCUCUUCCUCUUCCAGGCCCUCCAGGCUUUCAAAGGAAGGCAGGGAGCCUACAGUGUGAUGGAAGUCCAACGCAUCAGAGGUUUUCACACACUCCAGGCUCCGGAAGCAAGACCCCCUGAGGUUCAGAGUGGAGACAGGAGGGCGGAGCGCCCCCUGCAGGUUCCUGUAGAGCUGGGCCUGGUCUUACACUGCAGCACAGAGGAGCCAAACACACCACUGCCGUGCGAGAGCCACGGAGUACAGCUACUCCACACACCCUUUAUUACGCUAUCAUAUGGAUAACACACACACACACACACUGCCCUUGAUGUGCUUGUCAAAAGUGCGGUAUACCAGGACACUGCAAAUAUUCUAAAGACGCACUUCAGCAGGCCAUUUGACUGUAUUUAAUUUAUAUGGGUGUUGUUUUGUGGGAAACUUCUGAAUGUAUAUAAUGUAAAUAAAUACAAAGUUAUAUAAUUAAACUUUUUAUUUCUUUUUGGA